UUUCUUUCUUCUCCUCCUGCUCCGGUCUUUCCGCCAUCACACUCACCAGCGGUGACGGUUACUACAUCCAUGACGACUGUUACUUCUUCCUCGGCAUCGCCGGCGCCGGUGCCGGUGCCUGUGGCGAAGAAGGUGAGGCACGAAAUGGAGAUGUUCGGAGACGUCAGAGUCGAUAACUACUAUUGGCUCCGCGAUGACUCUCGAUCCGACCCUGAGGUCCUCGGUUAUCUCCACCAGGAGAAUGCUUAUACCGAAUUCGUCAUGUCUGGGACUAAACAAUUACAGGAUCAAAUCUAUGCUGAGAUAAGAGGACACAUCAAGGAAGAUGACAUAACUGCUCCUGUUCGAAGAGGGCCUUAUUACUACUAUGAAAGAACAUUGGAGGGAAAGGAAUAUAGCCAGCAUUGUCGGCGCCUUGCACCUAAUGAUGGAGCUCCACUGUCAGUUUAUGAUACUAUGCCAGCUGGACCAGAUGCUCCUCCGGAGCAUAUUAUCCUCGAUGAGAAUCUCAAAGCUCAAGAGCACAAGUAUUACAAUAUUGGUCAAUUUAAAGUCAGUCCAAAUAACAAGUUAGUCGCAUAUGCUGAAGACACUAAAGGAGAUGAAAUCUAUACUGUUUACAUCAUUGAUGCUGAGUCAGGAGCACCAAUAGGAAAGCCUUUACAGCGUAUGACAAGCUAUAUUGAGUGGGCUGGCGAUGAAGCCAUAGUUUACGUCACCAUGGAUGAGAUCCUCCGGCCUGACAAGGUUUGGUUGCAUAAGUUGGGAACAGACCAGUCAGCUGACUCUUGCCUUUAUCAUGAAAAGGAUGACAUGUUUUCACUAGAUCUUGAAGCAUCCGAGAGCAAGAAAUAUUUAUUCGUCUCAUCAGAGAGUAAAAUUACAAGAUUUGUUUUUUAUCUUGACACUUCCAAACCUGAAAAUGGGCUGACAGUCGUGACUCCUCGUGUGGUUGGUAUUGGCACAUCAGUUAGUCAUAGAGGAAAUCAUUUCUUCAUUAAAAGGAGAACAGAUGAAUGUUUCAAUUCAGAAUUACUUGGAUGCCCUGUUGAUAAUCCAUCUGCAAUCACAGUUCUUCUUCCACAUAGACCAAGUAUAAAGAUCCAAGACAUACAACUUUUUAGUGAUCAUCUUGCUGUCUAUGAGCGUGAAAACGGUUUGGUGAAAUUAACUACAUAUCACCUUCCAACUGUUGGAGAGCCACUUGAAAGGCUUCAAGGUGGUAGAACUGUUGAUUUGGCGGAUCCUGUGUAUUAUAUAGAUCCAGAGGAAUCACAAUUUUGUUCCAGCAUUUUACGGUUCGUAUAUAGUUCCUUGAGGAGACCACUCUCUGUAUAUGAUUAUGAUAUGAACACUGGACUAUCAGUUCUGAAAAAGAGUGAAACUGUGUUAGGAGGUUUUGAUGUAUCGAAUUAUGUGACUGAAAGGCAAUGGGCUACUGCCUCUGAUGGCACUCAAGUUCCUAUAUCAGUUGUCUACAGAAAAAAUUCUGUGAAGCUUGAUGGGUCUGAUCCACUUCUCCUUUAUGGCUAUGGUUCAUAUGAGGUAUGUAUAGAUCCCAGCUUCAAGGUGUCAAGGUUAUCUUUGUUAGACAGGGGUUUCAUUUAUGCAAUUGCUCAUGUUCGUGGAGGGGGAGAUAUGGGGAGGCAGUGGUAUGAAAAUGGGAAACUGUUGAAGAAGAAAGAUACUUUUACAGAUUUUAUAGCUUGUGCAGAAUAUUUAAUAGAGAAGAAAUAUUGCACGAAGGAAAAAUUAUGCAUCAAUGGAAGAAGUGCAGGUGGUUUGCUAAUUGGUGCUGUUCUUAAUAUGAGGCCUGAUUUAUUCAAGGCUGCUUUUGCUGGAGUUCCUUUUGUAGAUAUUGUAACCACAAUGCUGGAUCCAACCAUCCCUCUUACGACAUCAGAGUGGGAGGAAUGGGGUGAUCCUCGCAAAGAAGAGUUUUACUUUUAUAUGAAGUCAUAUUCCCCUGUUGAUAAUGUGAAGGCACAAAAUUAUCCUGCAAUUCUUGUUACUGCUGGUUUGAAUGAUCCGCGGGUUAUGUAUUCUGAAGCUGCGAAAUACGUAGCAAAGUUGAGAGAUACAAAAACUGAUAAUAAUCUGCUGUUGUUCAAAUGUGAACUUGGUGCAGGGCACUUUUCAAAGUCUGGAAGGUUUGAAAAGCUUCAGGAAGAUGCCUUGACAUAUGCUUUCUUUAUGAAAGCUUUAGACAUGGUAUCUGCAGCCAGUGCAGCUCAGACUAGGUUGUAGUUCUGCUUGCAAUUUGGUUAAGGUGACUUGUAGUUUUGGUGUCAACUCUGAAGCUGGUCAUUAAUUUCUAUUCUCUUCAACUGAAGCUGGUGGGUUCCUAAUAGCUUCUCUGUUUUGCUGGGGACUGCCAAGCAAUUAGAUUCAUGUUAGUUCAAUUUUUGCCAUUACGGCGAUAUCGUUUUCUGUGAAAUACAGUGAAAUUGUAGAAGCUGUGCAAGAUUUGUAUCAUAUAGUUUGUGAAAUUAAAUUUGGAAAUAAGCUGUAAUAGCAAGCACAGUGCUAUUAACAAUUCAUGAUUGCUA